AUGCCUGGCUGCCAGAGGCUCUUCUCCCCGGACCUGAACGUCACCCGUGCCCGCAGCCUGGCCUACUUCCAGGAAGUGGAGCAGGAGGCCACAGAGCAGGGAGCCAAGAUGAAGCACCUCUUCCAGUGGGAGAAGGAUGGCUGGGUGAUGGAGUUCCCAGACCAGGGGGCCGAGGCCUUGGCUGGUAAGAUGGCAAAGAGUCUCUACCGCAGGCGGAUCACCCUCAUCGACAGCUACUUGGACAGCUACUUUCCGGAGUUUGCAGCUUAUCGAGAUGUCUGCAUGUGGUGGAAGUACUAUCUCUGCACUGAUCCGGUGGUCUUCCGCUUUCAGCCGCUGGAAUUCUCGGAUGGUCACCUGCAGUGGGUCAUCGACGUCCACCCGCGAUGGCAGAAGCGCUGCUACAUCGUGAAGUCCUUUGGCCAGGGAAACCAAGCCAAGAUGCUUUUCCAGAAGCUGGAGAAGCCCGCCAUGAACGAGCAUCGCUACCAGAGCGAAGCGCUUCCCAGCAAUUUGGCGGGUCAGAGCAUCUGGUCCGAGGACGACGUGCUCCACGUUCCGACGAUGCCAUCCUUUGGUGAUCGUUUGGGCCAGGCGGACAGCGAGUUGCUGCUGUCUUACCUGACGGUGCCAUAUCUCCGGAUGCCCCUCUGCCUCAACUACUUCUCCACAGAGGACCGAGUUCAUGCGCUUUCGCAGCAAAGGCUGCGAGAUCUGCUCCAGGCUGUCGUUUUCGAGCCGGGCCGCUUCCUCCCCAGGCGACUGAGCAACCAGAUCCCAGAGAUGGUUCCCGCCGAAGAUCCCGAGCUCUUGGGAACCGGUUUCGGAUUGCUGACGAACGAGUUGGCACGGUCGCCGGAAGCUACCGUGGAUGCCGUCAUCGAGCUCUUAGACCAGGCGUUAAAGCUGGACACACAGGACCCUCACGCGAGCACCACGGAGCUGAUCCUGUCCGUCCUGCGGCUCUGUUGCAGGGUUCAGAACACCUUGGCAUUCCUUCUGUCCGUCAGCCGAGCAGAGCAUCCGAGCUGCAACGCUGAAGGGCUCAGCGAAGGUGGGCGGCCCGUGUUCUCGGAACGGACCCUGCGACAGCUGCAGGACGCCUGGCCCAGGCUGCGCAGCUCCCUGCAAUCUGUGGUGAACGACCGCAGCGCCCUGACCAUCCUUGGCCGUUGGCUUGACUCAGUGAGGACGGACUUUGGUCAACAGUUCGCGGAGGAGGAGGAGGAGAAGAAGAAGAAGAGCAAAGGCUCCGAGGAGGAGCAGACUCCAGACAUCCUCGUCUCUGGCGCCGGCGAGGAGCGUGUCAAUGGUGAGUACUGCCUUGCCUUCCGCGGAAGCGAGUCAUGCUUCUAUCAGAAAAUUGGCGACGAUGCAGUUUUCAUCGACUGCUUCAUGUCCUCCUGGGUGAUCUACAUGCGCUACACAGGUUGCGUCUACGAGGCGUCGGGCCAUCACAGCAGCCUUCCGAAAAUGUGGAAGGCCAUCCGGGGCAAGGCACCCUUGCCCAAGGUGGAGUCUGUGGUGGACAGGGAGACCCACUUGGCCUGCCAACUCCAUGGCCACCGGGUGCUUCUCCUUCGAAACCUCCGAGCUGAGGAGCUGACGGUUGACCUGGUGGAGCGGCUGCUCUGUUCGUUUGUCUUCCUCACCUCGCGACACACGUGGAAUGAGGACACCCUUGGAAUGCCGGAACCGGAGCUGUUCGAGGUGAUCUUUGCCAAGCGCUUGGAGCUCAUCGGGUGGUUGGAAGAGGCACCCUACGCGGAUGCUUGUCGGGUGCUGAACGCGGUCUUGAAGACCGCCACCGGUAUCGAGAAGGGGCCGCCGGGAUGGGCUAUUUGGCCAGAGGCAGCGAACAGGGGGAGAUACAUGGCCUUGGGCCAUCCGCAGGCCUCAACAGACGGCCGUCUACCGAUGGCGGGCUCCUUCGGUGACACGGUUCCGGCUGCUGAGGUGAAUCUGCAGAGCUUAGCCUUCCGCGUGGAGGGGCAGCAGAUGCAGGCCUUAGACGAGCGCGCGGCACAGGAUCCCGAUGUGCUCCAUGUCUUCGGUUCGUCUGCCAAGACGAUGCAAUGUGUGUCGCUUGGCGACUUCGAGCACCGCCAGGAUCGCAAGGUCGUUGGAACCGAUUAUGUCAUCAGUAUGUGGGACAAGGAGACAGGUGGCCUUCCGGAGAUCGGCCUGUGCGACCGGCUUUAUGAUCCAGACGACCUGGCAACGGAAGAGCAGUGGAUCGCCGACUUCUUCGAGCCCAUUCGCAAGAAAUACUUCGUCAAGCUGGGGUUUCCGCCAGCUGAUGUCCAGUUCUAUUUGCCGGAGAACACCGUCCCCGAAGACUCCCACGUGGUCAUCCUGGCAGGUGGCCACCCCAAGAAAUCGUCCACGAUCUGGAAGGAAGUUGUGAUCUACAAGGAUUUCGGCUGCUGCCACGUGUUUGCGAUCGAAGCCUGUGGCCGGCGGAAGUAUCGUGUGCUCGAAAUGUCGACUGAUGCGCGCUUCUGCCAUUGGGAGAUGCAGCCUGAGUCCAGCUUGGUGAAUUAUGGGGACCAGAUGCAGGUGGACAAACGUCCACGUGAUCCCUGGCCAGCCUGGGGCCGCCACCUGGCCGUGGCCUUCACCCGGGCUUUGGAAAACGGGGAAGACGAUUAUCGUGACUACUUGGGCGGGCUGCAACCGCCGCCUUUUGCACCCUCGGUGGUGAUCCAGAGGCCCGUGCAGUCGACUUUGGGACAGCCAAAGUCCACCGUGGAGGAUGCCGAAAAGCGGGUACAAGCCAAGCUGGAAAGCAAGAGCGAGGAUGCCCGCGCGCCUCCGAAGCCCAAGGGCGCCUGGGAUCGGCCUCAAGUAGGAGAGAUGGAGGAGUUCGUCCCUGCAUACCUUCUGCGCGGCCUGAUCCCGGCCAGCCUCCUUCAGUCCCACGACUUCUGGCAAAAUACGGGGCCCAGCUGCAGGCUUGUCGGGUAUGGAAAGGAGGAGAUUGUGGUGGAGCUCCUUCCUCGCGCCACCAUCCAGGGUGUGGGCGUGGAAGGGCCUUUUGACUCCACCGACGAGCCGGCGGCAUCGGCCCGGAUCACUAUGAACCUUGCAAGCUCUGAAGGAGGGGAGGUUGAGCCACACCUGUUGCUGAAUAUGAUGACGGCACCGAAGGGGACGCCACUUCACUCUGUAGCUCGUUGGGCCUCGCGCUUGGACGACUUAGCUCAUGUGUUGGCUUGGGGGCGCUGCUCCGAGGCGGACAAGUCCAAACCGACUUGGGCCUCGGCACCACUGCGCGUCCUGCAGUUCACUCGUCUUGGCCUGACCUUCUUCAUCCAGGGCGAGGAGGGGAAGCAGCGUCUCGUUUCAGCGGACUUCGGGAACCUGAGCGUCCCUCAAGCACCGAUCGCCGAGCAGGUAGCCAAGUUGCUCGCCGGAGUGCCCCACUCCGUGGUGCUCUGCGAUGAAAUGCAGGCUUUGCAUGUGCUGGUGCCGCAAACGCUUCCGGUGAGACCUGCCGUCAAGGGCCGACCCUUCACCACGGACAUUGUUUUUGAGAAGCUGAACAAGUUUGGAAAGCAGUGGAGCUCGAAAGCCAAGGUCACUUACUUCAAGUACGAGGUCCAUGUUUCCAAAGGCUUCCUCAUCGUCGCGCCCGGCGUCGCCGCUGCUGAGCUUCGUCAGAGUCAGACGGAGCAGGCGGGCGGCGGUGGCAAAGGCGGGGCUGGCAAAGGCGGCGUGGUCAGAGUCAAGAAGAAGAACAAGAAGAAAAAGGCGCACGGUGGAAAGGGUGCGCGGGAGAAGCGCCACAAAGACUUUGCAGAUCGCAUGGCUGGGCUGGAUGAGGGCCUGGCCAUCAUUAACCUCUUAGGCUACUCUGCUGAAGUCUACAUCCAAAGCUGGCCCUCCAGAGUCAGAUGGCUCAACGAUGAAGCCGGCACCGCCAAGACCUCCUGCUGCGUCAGGGUCAGCUUCUCUGCCGAAAGCUGCCGCUGUGCCUAUGGCUUCGUCAGUGUCAAAGCCCCCGGCGGCGGCAUUGACGAGCACUUUAAUUGA